AUGGACGUUGCCCAGAUCGCUCAGGUCCUCACAGCGACACUAAAUCCAGACAAGAAUACACGUAUUUCUGCAGAGCUCAAGCUUGCAGAGCUCUUUGCCACCCCAGCCUGCAUUACUCUCCGCAAGUACAUCAAGGAGCGAUGGUCCCCAUUCUUCCCAGCUUUCAAGGGAAAUCCCCCCCAACCCGAGCUUAAAUCACAAAUACGUCAGGCUCUGUUUCAAGGUCUCUCUGAUCCAAACCGAAAAAUUCGAUCCCUCUGUGCACACUCCCUCUCAUCUAUCGCUAACUGCGACUGGCCCGAUGAAUACCCCGACUUGCUACAAAACCUCAUCUCCCUCCUGUCCGCCGGCUCUCCAGAUCCCGUUCAUGGCGCGAUGCAGGUGUUCACCGAGUUUGUCCAAACCGACCUGACUGAAGAUCAAAUCCUCCCCGUUCUUCGCCAACUCCUGCCUGUCCUCCUCUCAAUCUUGGGCUCUUCCGAGCACUCUGCACCCACACGCGCUCGAACCGUCUCCGUCUUCCGCCAAUGUGUAACAGCCUUAUUCAUGGUCAAGGACCAGUAUACCGAUGCAGUCAACGAAGCCACCACUUCGAUCCUCCCUGUGUGGCUCGAAGCAUUCAAGGUAUUGCUCAACAUCGAUGAUCUGCAAGGCUUGGUUGGCGCCGCGAAUUGGGACAGCAUUUUGGUCCGCAUUGAGAUCUUCAAGGCCCUUGAUACAAUCCACAUCUCUUUCCCUGCCGCUCUUGCUUCACAUCUCUCUGAUUUGCUCUCUUAUGCUCUCGUCCACCUGCAAAAACUGUACCCUGUUUUCGCCCACUACUACCUAGCGUCAUCGGAUUCUGUCCCUCGGACCUCUGAAGAUGAAUCCGUCGAGCUUCCUCAACUCAUUUGCCCGAUCAUGGAUUUCAUCUCUUCCGCCAUGCGAGGCAGAAAGGCUCGUCUCUGGUUCACUGGGGACAACCUUUCUCUGCUCGUUUCCGCAGUAUUUAACCUUUCGCAAGUGACCGACGAAGACGAGGAAACCUGGGCCAACAAUGCCAACGCGUUUGUCGCUCAAGAAGAUGACGAAACUUUCCAGUAUGGUGUGCGGGUAGCAGGCUUUGACUUGCUGAGUGUUUUGAUUGACCGUGAGGCAGUCAACACCACCAAAACCUUCCAAACCGUCCUUCAUCAAGUUGUCACAGCUUCCCAACAAGCCAAGGAAACUGGAAACUCGGAAUGGUGGAGGCCCCUUGAGGCCGCUUUGGCGGCGGUUGGCUCGCAAGCGGAAUCCAUCCUUGAGGUUAUCGAAGACGAGCAAGACUCUGGUCGGGAGAAGCCUAUCGACCUUGAUUACCUUCUCGUGAACGUCGUACCUUUCAUCCUUACCACUCCUGACAAGCCAUUCCUUCAAGGCCGUGCUUUCGUAUUUGCCAGCCAAUUCUCCAAACUCCUUCCCGCUCAAUCUGCUGUCCAAUAUCUUGAUGCUGCCGUUCAAGUCAUCGAGUCCGAAAACGCCAGCAUUCCGGUCAAGGUGUCUGCUGUCAAAGCUGUCCACAACUUCUGUCAAGGCGGUGAAGAAUCGAUCCUUGUGCCAUACGCACCGAGAAUAGCGAAAGAUCUUGGUCCCUUCUUGGCAGUCACUUCCGAAGACACGCUUUCCUUGGUUCUUGAAACGCUUUCGGUGGUGCUUGACAUCGAUGAUGGAAAAUGGCUUACCCCUGACCUGGCCAGCGCCCUGGUCGUUGCUUCUUUGGAGGUCUGGCACAAAAAUAACAGAGAUCCUAUCUUUAUCUCAAUCUUGACCGACAUUCUCCAAGCACUCGCUUCCUCUUCUAGUCCGGGCCUCUACGAAACUGUCGUCAAGCAAGCACUUCCUAUCUUGGUGGACGCAAUCGGCCGAUCCAACAAUGCUACCCCUGCUGGGUCUGAUAGUACCACGGAGGGUUCAUGGAUUGCUGGGUCUGCGAUUGAUUUCGUUGCCAGCUUGGUGAGGGGAAGUCCUGAGAGUGGGCUUGGAGAUGGAUUCUUUGCGCUCCUUGCACCAAAUCUCUUUUCUUGUCUGGAAGUCGCGGAGGAUAGGGACGUUUUGCAGAAUGGUGUCCAAUGCCUCAAGCUUAUCGUUCGCAAGGAUGUCAACCAACUUGUCGGCUGGCAAGACGGUUCUGGUCGUAACGGCCUCGACCACGUCCUCGCGCUCGUCGCCAAGCUCCUCCAAAACCAAGACGAAUCCGGUGGACUGGCUAUCGGUGAACUCAUCAUCCACUUGUUCAGGAAGACUGGCGAGAAAGUGCUACCUGUCCUCCCGCAGUUGCUGGAGGCAAUGUUGAAGUCGAUGUUGACUGCCAAGACUGCUAGUUUCACUCAGAGUCUGGUCGUUCCCUUCGCCUUCCUUAUCAACAACCAGCGCGAUACCGUGUUGGAUCUCGUCGAGUCUUUGAAUAUCGAAGGUCGAUCGGGCUUAGACGUCCUCGUUAACACAUGGUGCGAGAACGCCGAGACGUUCCAGGGGUACUGGCCCAGUCGUAUCAGCACUCUGGGAUUGGUGCAACUCUUCCUCUCCGAGAGGCCUAGUGUUAGGAACUUGGUGGUCAAGGGUGAUAUGAUCUUAAAGCCGGAGACUAAGAACGAGUCUGCUACACUUACCGGUGCUGGAGGAGCGUUUGAAUUUGAUAGGGAAGAUGGGGACGAGGAUUGGACGGAGGAAGAGAAACUCCAUCAAGGUUUCAAGCAGGAUGAGUUUGCGUUCUUGAGUGAUAUGUUGGGACCGAAAGGCAUGGCCUUCGAUAAUGACGAGGCGUUCGAUGGGGGCGACGAUGAUGAGGAUUUGAAGGAGGAUCCUGUUUCUACUAUGGACAUGCAGGCCCAUCUACGCGGUUUCAUCAAGGAAUUCGCGGCUCAGCAUCCUGCUGUGUUCAACCCACUCGUGGACCAGCUGAAUGCGGAGGAGACUUUGGUCGUUCAGAGGGUUUUGGCGAGCGCUUAG